AUCCAACUCCUCUAUUUGCGUUGCGAGGCGACGACGUGCCAACCACGAACAGAGGCGGCGCUGCAAAAUCUCGCGACCAAGCGGCGGCGGCGGCGGGAGAGAACGAGAGGUGACCGAUGGCGACGGGCGGCGCCGCCGGCGAGGACGUCCCCGGCGGCGGCGAGUUCUACCUGCGGUACUACGUGGGGCACAAGGGGAAGUUCGGGCACGAGUUCCUCGAGUUCGAGUUCCGCCCCGACGGCAAGCUCCGCUACGCCAACAACUCCAACUACAAGAACGACACCAUGAUCCGCAAGGAGGUCUUCGUCUCCCCCUCCGUCCUCCGCGAGGCCCGGAGGAUCAUCCAGGAGUCCGAGAUUAUGAAGGAGGACGACAACAACUGGCCAGAGCCCGACCGCGUGGGGAGGCAGGAGCUCGAGAUUGUUAUGGGCAACGAGCACAUCUCCUUCACCACCUCCAAGAUUGGCUCCCUCGUCGACGUCCAGACCAGCAAGGACCCUGAGGGCCUCCGCAUCUUCUACUACCUCGUCCAGGAUCUGAAAUGUUUCGUGUUUUCACUCAUCAAUCUCCACUUCAAGAUCAAGCCUAUUCAAUCUUGAGCUCCUUUCAGUCUCUUAAUUGUGUUAUGGCCAGUUUUAGAGAAUUCUGUAUUAUUAUGUAUGAUCCAGCGGGUUAACCAUGGUGGUGGGGUGUUUGUGGAACAGAGGGUGGAAUCUUAAUACUUUGGUGCCUGGGAUUGUUGUUGGAUUGUGCAAGCUUUGGGUGCUCGUUACUCAAGUAGUGAUAUUUAUUAUUGUGAAAUCUUUUUCUACUCCAAGGAGUCUCUCCCUGAAGUAGCAUUGCUGUUUUCA